GACAAAGCACGCGAAUGUGCUAACACCUUCCUACUAAUCUAUCUAUGACUAGUCUAUCAUCUCCGAAGCGCUGGUCUUCAGCAGAUCUCUCUGCUACUCCACACAAACGUCACAAGAUCACGGUCGCGUGCGAUGAAUGCCGCGUCCGGAAGGUCCGGUGUGACGGCAUCCAUCCCGUAUGUGGACCAUGUGUAAGGAAAGGAGAUCGAGAGAAGUGCAUUUACACUGGAGACAAGAAGCGAGCUAUGCAAAGCUAUGUCAAAGGCCUUGAGAAUCGGUUAAAGCUUCUCGAAAACCCCGGGAGGGCACAGGUGGGUAGUACUCAAUCAUUGGGCGCAGGAUCUCCGCAGACUCGAUUACCAAGUCCGCUUCAAACGCCAACGUCGAGUGCAGUCGCUCCACCUUCCACGAGUCAUCGACAGCAUCUCCCAACCACAUCAGUCGUCGCUGAUAGCGCGGGUAGAUCUCUUUCGCCAUGUCUUCAAUGCGAACAAACCCCGGACGCUGCAUCGAUCUGUAUGCACAAGGAUAGAGUGUGCCAGGAUACGACUCCUGACAACCGGCAAACCCCAAGACAGCAUACGGAUGGCGUGAACGCAAUGAUGGGCGAGGUGGAAGAAGAGCGGCUAGCCCAAGGCUUCUUUGGAAGCUCCAGUGCUGCCAGCUUCAUCCGACAAAUCAGAACCGCCAUUGACCAAAGGGUCCCGUCACCAUAUUGUGGAACAUCCGACUCGAUCCUCGGAGCGGCAUCCUCGUCCGGGCUGAAGUCGCGCAUACAGCGUCCGUCUACAAUUCCUAACUACGUCCUUCCGCCUCGGAAAACGGCAGACAGCCUGAUGGAGGUGUACUGGACCUUUGUCUUUCCUCUCUAUCCCCUCAUCGAUAGUCUGAAUCUACGAGCUGAAUACUCAAGGCUCUGGACUGGAGAGCCUUCUCACUCGGACGAGAAUAUGCUGAUGUGCACUUUCAAUGUGAUCUUUGCAUUGGCCUGCCAGCUAGCUGACUUCAUUCCACCCGAAGAGCGGGAGGCGUCGGCAGAUGCAUUUUUCUCUCGCGCCAAAGAUCUUCUUCAAUUCAAUUUGUGGAAUACAGGCUCCGCAGAGCUCAUUCAGUGCUUGCUGCUCAUGGCCCAGUAUCUCCAAAGCACGGACUCCGCUCAUCAGUGCUGGAUCGUCACUGGGUUGGCCAUUCGAAAUGCACAGAGUCUGGGACUACAUCUUCCGCAGACUAGUGCUCGUCUACGUAAUCCUCAGGAGAAGCAGCUGGCCCGGAAGAUCUGGCACGGAUGCGUGUUGAUGGAUAGGGUAAUUUCCAUGACUUUCGGUCGCCCCUCCAUGAUAGCUAAAGCGUCCGGUGGCUCCGUACCGCUACCAGCGACUGUUGACGAAGAGUAUAUACCCUCUGCAGGCACCGACAUAAUCCAACCGGCUGGUCGACCUUCCGUGAUGGCAUUUUAUGCCAAGUCUUUGGAGCUCUACGAAAUUCUGAAUGAUAUUCUUCUCAGCCUAUACAAUCCUAAUCCGGAUGAAAGCCCGGAAGAUGUUUACGAUUUUUAUUUCAACAAACAGACCACGGAGGGUGGUCAUACGAUGUUCGAAUUGGACCGAGCGCUCACCAAAUGGUCACGAACCUUACCAGAGCACUUGCGAGGUGACGCUUCUCUCGCCUACGGCGACAAAAUGUUCUACCAUCAGAGCGUUGUACUACGAGCACGGUUCCUCCAUGUGCGCAUGCUUCUCUUCCGACCCAUUCUGUCCAAAUACUGUACCUCCCGCGACAUCGGAGUCGCCGACCCCCUCAUUUGUCUUCAAGAUUCAUUCCCUCAGCGUAUAGCACUCCAGUGCUCUAUUAUCUGCGUCAAAGUUGCACAGGAGGUCAUUGGCCUGAUCCACGGUCACAUUCCCGCCGACGGAUCGGCCGGUCCACUUCCUGCGUGGUGGUAUAACAUUCUCUACGUUUACACAGCUGCCACCGUUCUAAUUGCCGGCCGCCUCUGCCCAGCCAUCCUGGAAGAAGUCACUGAGCCCGCCAUAACCGAAAGCUGGGACCAUGCCCUCGAGAUCCUUCGCAGAUACCACAGCUACAGCACUUCCGCGCGUCGAUGUGUUGCUGCGCUAGAGAUACUGUAUGAGCGCGUUGUGUCGGAGGGCCGUUCAACGGAUCAGGAGCUGCCCGCCCAAGCCGUCCAAACGGGAUCUUCCAUGUCGAAUGGUUUCGGAGAUGUGUCGCUUGGGGAGGGAUUUAAUAGUGGCUUGUUUGAUGGCAUUGAUCUGUUGGACUUUCAGGAUAUGUCGUGGUUGAACAGUGUCCCGAGUAAUCUAUUCUGAGCGGGCUCUGGCGACGGAGAGUGUCGGCUUGGAUGCUACUUUUGGACCUUGCAGAGGUUUGCUAGGAUUACUACUUUGCGGUGUUUCAACUCCUGCUAUUAUAGAGCAGCGACAUACCCCGCAUGAUGCGUUUUCCUCACCGACCUCACUCUAGCCGCCUUGGCAAUGAGAAGCACACGGCCCAAUACAA